UGCAUUGCGUUCAGGAUCCGACCAUGGACCAAAGCGCAGACAAUGAUCUCCAAGGAAGUGAUGGUUCUGGGAUUUUGGGGGGCCCAGAUGUCCGCAGACGGAUCCCCAUCAAGCUCAUAUCCAAGCAGCCCGUAAGGAGCAAACCUCCGCCCCGCACCCAGAGACCCGGCGGCAGGCCGUGCAAAAGCGAGGCCGGAGUAGACGACACCUUCGGCUUCAAGCAGGAGGAGAGGUUCGACUGUGGAGCUAAAGCUGGGGACGUGUUUGCAACUCAGAGGAGGUUCCCCCAGGCACUGUUCUGGGACUAUAAGUUAAAUCUGAUUGGAGAACGAGAUGAAGUACCGAUCCACUUCUGUGAUAAAUGUGGUCUCCCUAUCCAGCUCUACGGACGCAUGAUCCCCUGCAAACACGUCUUCUGCUACGACUGUGCUCUGCUCCACGAGAAGAAGGGAGAGAAGAUGUGCCCCGGCCUCACGAUGUACAACUGCACAGACCUGGUGCAGCGCAUCGAGCAGAGCCAGCGGGCGCUCUACAUGUGCAGCGUUGUGCCGGGAUGCAAGCGCACCUACCUGUCCCAGCGGGACCUGCAGGCCCACGUCAACCACCGCCACAUGAGGGCCGCCAAGUCCUCCGCCGGCCGACCGGAGCCCGUGCACCUGCCCCCCCCCGCGUCCGAGGUCCCGGACCGCUUCCGCGUGCCUCCGCCUCACCUGCCCAAGAACCACGUGCACCUCCCGAACCCGCUCCAGCACGGCGGUCACGACCCCUACGGCCAGCCGCCCCCGCCGACACCCCACGAAGCCCCGCCCCCGAGCGCUCUCGGUCCCGAGACGUUCCGCAUCGCCACGGUAACAACCCGUAAGCACAGCAACCUCAUCACCGUGCCCAUCCAAGACGACUCCUCGUCUCGAGACCCCCUCCCUGGUGGGCUGGGCCCCGCUCAGCCACCCCACCACCACCCCGGGGACUACCCUGGGCAGCCGCCUGUAGUGUCCCACUCUCACCACAUGAUGGCCCCCCCGCAGCAGCACUUCGGCCCGCCGCCCCCCCCACCGCCCCCUAUCAACCACCCCAUGCAGCAUCCCCCCCAGGCCUCUGGUACACCACAUAUGGUGUACAACCAGGCCCCUCCGCCCCCCAUGUCCUCGGCUCCACCACCCAUCACCCCGCCACCGGGGCACAUCAUGGGCCAGAUGCCCCCCUACAUGAACCACCCGCCCCCGGGGCCUCCGCCACAGCACAGUGGCCCCCCUGUCAACGCCCCCCCACCUCACCAUUACAACCCCAACUCCAUGCAGCAGUUCCCCGAAGACCAGGGUACCCUCAGUCCCCCGUUCAGCCAGCCGGGAGGGCUCAGUCCCGGGAUGUGGCCCGCUCCGAGAGGGCCCCCGCCUCCGCGAAUGCAGGGCCCUCCCCCCCAGGGCCAGAUGCCCGGACCACACCACCCAGAUCAGGGCCGCUACCGGCCUUACUACCAGUAAACUGAGUGUGUCCUUCUGUUCCGUGCCACCGGUCUGGAUAAUGGGAUCGGAGACCCUCAGGGGUACCGGGUGCAGGACUUGGAUACGACAUUAGCCCCCAAGAAAAUGUGCAUGUGCUGCACAUUUUAGUUAAGUGUCCUGAACUUCCCGCUGAAAAUACAAUAGACUUGGAGAAGCGCAGCAAUGUCCCUUUUUCUUUUUUAUAGUGUAUGGUAAAUAUUUCUGUAUAAAUGUCAGCUGAUUCCACGCACAUGUACUGAACAUUGAAAGAUACUAACUACUUCCCAAUAAAUUUGUAACAGCA